CUCCUCUCAUCUAUCUCUUCUCACGCUGCUCCAUCGCUCCAUCGCCCCAAACUUUGGUCUCCGAUGCUGCUCCUCCCCCACACGCUUUGGUCUCCGGUGCUGCUCCUCCGCCAUCGCUCUCUUCUCCACAACCCUCCUGCUUCCCCCAUCUUCUUCAUCUAGCAAACAUCACCAUGGAUGGAUUGGAUGAGAGCUACAAGACCCACACGCCAGCACCGGUGGUGCGCGCUGGGAGCAGCCCGCCGGGAUGUUGCAACCGGUGGUGCGUGCUGCUGGGGCCGGCAACUACGGAUCGGCGGCGACCCAGUUUUUUUGCUGGAACGGACCAAUUUUUUUGCUGCGAUCCAGCGACGGCAAUCUGUUUGUUUUUGCUGGAACCACACUUUGUUUUUGCUGGAACCAUGUUUUUUGUUUGCUGGAACCAUGUAUUUUUUUUGUUUUGUCGGUCAUUGCCAAUGCUAUGCGAAACCAUUUUUUUUUGUUUUUGCUGGAACCAUACUUUGUUUUUGCUGGAACCAUGUAUUUUUUUUGUUUUCUCGGUCAUUGCCAAUGCUAUGCGAAACCAUGUUUUUUGCUGGAACCAUACUCUGUUUUUGCUGGAACCGUACCUUUUGUUUGUUGUAACCAUGUUUUUGCUAGAACCAUCCUAUUUUUGCUGGAGCUAUGAUUGAAUGGGGUGCUACAACCGUUAUGGUUGGUGCUACAACCGUGGUCGGCGAUGCUUCAACCUGCCACGGCACCGUCCAAGCGGCCAAGGGCGGUUACCCUCGCCGGAGCUCAACGAACAGAGCACUGUCCGAGUGGGUGCUACAACCGUUAUGGAGGGGUGCUACAACCGUGUUUGACGAUUGCUUCAACCGACCACGGCACAGACCCGGCAGCCAUGGGCAGUACCCUGCCAGAGCUCGACGAACAUGGCCACAACAGCGACGGACAAGGUUGCAACCCACGACGGCGAGGCAGGGAACAACUACGGCGAGGAGCUUCAACGGUGAUGACGGCGAGUUGCGACGGCUACGGCGGCGGCGACGAGCUCCGUGAUGCAGUUAGAGCGGUGGCCAGGGGAGGACGAUCUGACGGGGGCGGGGGAGGAUGAUCUGACGCGGGCGUUGACCUCGACCCUCUUUUUUGCGCGGAGAUGUGAUCGCUUUGUUUUUUUUUCUGGUUGCAGAUAAUGGGGACGAGGAAUAAGCGCAUCAGACGGUUAUAGGGAAUCUGAUCGUACGGUGGGAUUAGGACCGGCCCAAAUUUGGGCCGGUGCGCCGGCGCCCAUCACUGGCCUUCCAGAUAACGCGGGAGCAGAGAAAGGACAGAGUACCGCAGAUGACGAGGGUCAUCCAUGACUCAGGAGAAGGCAUGCAGAAAGAUGCACUUGACAUGGUAUCCUCUGAUGUUAACUUCCCCAAGGGCCACUUUCCGGACUACAGGAUUGGGCCAAACAACCAAAUCAUUGACCCAGAGGAGGCGCACGAGGUUGUGCCUUUGAAGGAGAUUGUUGCGAAAGAAACAACACAACUGCUAGAGCAGCGAAAGCGGCUGUCAGUGCGUGAUCUCAGGGAGAAGUUUGAGAAGGGUCUGACUGGUGCCUCCAAGUUGUCUGAAGAGGCUAAGCGGCGAGAAGCAGCUUCCCUGGACAGGCAGGUUCUUCUGAAGAAGCUCAGAGAUGUUCUAGACACGCUGAAAGGCCGUGUGGCUGGUCGAAACAGAGAUGAUGCUGAUGAAGCUAUCUCACUGGUGGAAGCACUAGCAGUUCAACUUACUCAAAGAGAAGGUGAAUUAAUUUAUGAGAAGGCUGAAGUAAAAAAGUUGGCUAGCUUCCUCAAGCAGGCUACUGAAGAUGCCCGAAAGGUAGCUGAAGAGGAAAGAGCUCUUGCACUCGCUGAAAUUGAAAAAUCUAGAGCUGCAAUAGAAAAAGUUGAGAAAGCGUUGCAGGAGCAGGAUUCAGCAUCAAGUAGCAGAGAGAAGGAGGAGAUAGAGGAACUUAGGAAAGAGAUUCGAGAGGCUAGACGAAUAAAAAUGCUACACCAGCCAAGCAAGGUAAUGGACAUGCAGUUUGAGCUUCAGGGACUCCGUACACUCAUAUCCGAAAAAACACAGCUUUGCAAUCAGUUAAAGAAAGAGCUUGCCAUGAUCAAGAGGCUUGAACAAGAUAGCUCUAAACUCUUUGAGCUUGAAGGUUCUGAUACUCUUGGAUCACAGUUCCGUAUUGUCCCUCGAGUUGAUGGUGCUCCAGACAUCUCAAGCUGUCCAGCUCAGUGGUACCGUGUAAUUUCCGGAGGCAACAGAGAGCUCAUAUCGGGUGCAACGAAACUUACUUAUGCUCCAGAGCCAUUUGAUGUUGGCCAAUUGUUGCAAGCAGAGAUAAUUUUGAAAGUAGAUAAAGUUACGGUUCAGACAGAUGGCCCUUUAAAUCAUGCUUCAGGACUGGAACGUUAUGUGGAAUCGCUUAUGAAAAGGGCGGAUAUUGAGUUCAAUGUGGUAGUCACCCAAAUGAAUGGGAAUGACUACGCAUCAAAGUCUGUCCAUGUAUUUCAUAUUGGAAAGCUGAGAGUGAAGCUUCGGAAAGGAAGGUCUACAAAAGCAAGGGAGUCAUAUUCCACCACGAUGAAGUUGUGUGGAAGCCGAGGCGGUGGUAAUGCUGCGGCCUGUGCAGUCUUCUGGCAAACUAGGAAAGGCCUAUCCUACACUCUAGCUUUUGAGACGGACAGGGAUAGGAAUGCCGUGAUUAUGCUUGCUCGGAAAUUUGCUUCCAGUUGCAACGUUGUUCUCGCUGGACCAGGCGAUCAAGUCCACGGUGGCGGCUGAUAAAGUAACCGUGCCCGGUUUGCGGCGCUGCAUAUAUUAUUAGGUUGUGAAUUUGGGUGCUUGUGUAUUCAUAUUUGUGAGAGUAGGAGGUUGAUCAAGUCCACGAGGUUUUCCCCUCCUGUGAAGGCAAUCUUUUUAUUUGCCUGCCUGCAGCUGUUAGCAAAUGCUCUAAAGAUAGGAGGUUGAUCAAGUCCACGAGGUUUUCCCCUCAUGUGAAGGCAAUCUUUUUAUUUGCCUGCCUGCAGCUGUUAGCAAAUGCUCUAAAGAUGUGCAGCACACGCCGAUUGUAUCUUGUGUAUUUACAUAUUUGCAACAUUUGAGAGAGAAAAGGGGAAGAGUCUUUUUAGUGUAGUGCCCAGGGGCUUUCCUUGAGUUAUCAAGAAAUGUACAGAUGGGAGAACCUUUUCAUCUACGCUGUAAUUCUUGUCCUUGCUGCGAGUAUAAUUAAUGACUUGCACAUGCUUGUUAUAUACUA